AUGUUUCGCCAGCAUCAAGAAGACACCAGUACCACUGAGCCUGUCGAGGACUACCAAAAUAUUGUUCAGGCGCCUACUAAGUGUUCUCGCACCUGUCCUUGCGAAGAGUGCCAAAGACGUGGAAACAAGUGUGUUCCUCGCAGUCGACUGGACCGACGGAAGGAGACCAUCAUUCUCACAUCGCCUACUGGAACCUGUGCGGAACCUCCACAGAAUCGCAACAGUCAUGCGGACCAGCCUUCCAGAGAAACCAUACGAAGUUUCGAUGUUCCUGCCAGUGAAUUGGUGGAGCGACAUCAAUGGAGCGCGUCCAAUCUGGGCCACGCUAUGGACGCCACCAUCCCGUGUGACUAUAUUGCUAAACAUGGCCCACCCAUCACAUGCACUGCAAACGUUACUUUUUGCGAAGAAUGGAACAUGACUAUGAAAUAUUGUGACAGCAGUCUCCCAUGGGAGACUGGUGCGAACACGGGCUGGAGAGCCCCCUGUAUCGCGUUCAUACCCCCGGACUCGUAUACGUCUACAGACAACUUGACUGGGGAGUCUAUGCCACAUCCAUGGUUCUCACCGCUGUGGUGUACAAAGACAAGCUUGCAAACGACAUUUUCCGAGCCUUUCAAGGGUUGGAACCGGUCGCAAUCCCGGGAUCUGAUCGGGUCCGAGACCAACUUUUUCUCACCUCUGCCUAUUCCUGCUCAGCAGCUCGUGGGAUGGCCCUCUGAAGGUGGCGCUGAAGAAUCUUGGUAUGCGAACAGAAGCGGCGUCAUGCCCAUUUGCGGAGCCCACUCACAGGAGCAGUACCCUCUGGGCCCUUCCUUUGAUCUGCUGGAGCUUAUUCCCUCAUCCGUUGCAGCCGGGCUCUCUUCUAUACCAGAGACUGUGCCACCUAGCUUCCCAAGUUUCCCUGGCGUGCAGCAGGUCGAAGAAACCAGCUUGGCGCUCCCCACCGAAUCUCCAAUGCUAUCGCCUCCCUGGGAUCCAUUGACGACCACUCCCGCAGAGGCUCACAUAGCCGACAUCCGCAGCCGCAGCUUGCAUCAACAACCAUUUGUACCCAUGCCUAUUCAAAACAUCGAGUCGGUAGUACCUCCAAGGCUACACAAUGCGAUGGAUUAUCAGGAAACUUAUGUUAUGCCAUUUGUUAAUGUCGGUGCGAACGGCCAGGAGUUAUCUUGUGAUCUCACCGUGCCGGAAGACCAAGUCGAGCAUGGCCGCUUGACCUAGGCGUGCGAUUACAAUGUUCAGAGGACGUUGAAACAAUGUUUCGCAAUAGGGAAAUGGCACCUUUUUCGUGUGGC